CAACCAGAAGCCGCCGCGGACCACGAUGAUUCGUUGACGACGACCGCGUGCCUGGACGAAAUUUUUCCUCCGGGCUGGACCUUUCUUUUCGAGCUCUAUGCAUUGCAAAAGUAACGCACUCGUAGAAAUGCAUUACAAAUUUCCUCAGCAUGAGGAAGAAAUUUCUAAUGCUGAUUUACCUAUAAGAACAAGAUUUGUAAUGCAUGAUUGCAAUCCGAGUGCGAUACUUUUCUUUGCACAGGAUAAGCUGCUGCAUCCAGCGAUGUCCGCCACGGUGAUUCCGAUAGAAGAGACGCAGCUGGUUUUUCU